UCCCCCGUCCCUGUGUCUUGCCAUUCAUUUACAGCAGCAAGGCCUACUCCUCUUGCACUGCUGAUGGAAGUCAGAACAAGAGGCUGUGGUGUGCCACCACUGGGAACUAUGACAGACAUCCCGAGUGGAAGUAUUGUGCCCUUACAGAAUACGGAGGUAAUUCUGGUGGACAGCCCUGCGUCUUCCCUUUCACUUAUAAGGGUCAGACAUUCUACUCAUGCACCAACAAAGAUGCACAGAUCGGAAGGUUCUGGUGUGCCACAACAGGGAGCUAUGAUAAGGAUGAGAAAUGGAGCUACUGUGCUGAUAAAAGACUAUAUGCAAACCAAAUUGGAGCAUGCGUCUUCCCUUUCAUAUACAAUGGCAAACGCUACUCCUCUUGCACAACUGCUGGAGCAUCUACUGGGAAGCUCUGGUGCUCUCUCACCAACAACUAUGAUACACACCGCAAGUGGACAUACUGUGAUCCCUCAGAACCCCGCCCGUGCCACUUCCCCUUCAUUUUCAAGGGGAAAUCCUACUCUGCAUGCACCCAUGAGGGAGCUGGUGACGGACAGUUGUGGUGCGCCACCACAGCAAACUAUGACACUGACAGUAAAUGGAAGGCAUGUUCUCAGCAAGAGUAUGAAGGGAACUCCAAUGGGCAGGUCUGCGUCUUCCCCUUUACCUACAAGAACCGGACAUUCUACACCUGCACCAAUGAAGAUACUAAGGGUGGGAGAUUCUGGUGUGCCACCACUGGAAGCUAUGACAAGGACAAGAAAUGGAGUUACUGUGCGGACACAAGACAACAUGGAAAUAAUAUGGGGCCCUGCGUCUUCCCUUUUGUUUACAAGAGCAAGACGUAUUCCUCAUGCACAACAGCUGGAGCAUCAACUGGGAAGCUCUGGUGCUCUCUGACCAGUAACUAUGACACAGAUCCCAAAUGGACAUACUGUGAUCCCUCAGAACCCCGCCCAUGCCACUUUCCCUUCAUUUUCAAGGGGAAGUCCUAUUCUACAUGUACCAAGGAGGGAUCUGGAGAUGGACAACUGUGGUGCGCUACAACAGCUGACUAUAACAAAGACAGUAAAUGGAAGGCAUGUGCCCUUCAAGAAUAUGAAGGGAGCUCCAAUGGGCAGGCCUGUGUUUUUCCUUUCAUCUACAAGAGCCGGACAUUCUACACCUGCACCAGUGAAGAUACUGGGGAUGGGAGAUUCUGGUGUGCCACCACUGGGAACUAUGAUCAGGAUAAGAAGUGGAGCUACUGCGCUGAUACAGGAGACCAACAGCAACCUAGUGAUGACUAUUGCAAUUCCAGCAAUGAAAUUUGAUACUGACCCGAUGUUUGUAUGGCUCCAUCCUGCUUCCCUUUGUACUACUAAAGUCAUCUAGCCUGCCAACGAAGAUCUGCCUCCUAAGCCCUGCUCUUUGUGCCUCCACCUUCAGGGGCGAGGUGGGCAGUGCCCCCAAACAGGUCUUUUCCUGUGGUGGCGCCUCGUUUGUGGAAUGCCCUUUUUGUUAAGCCUCAUCUGCUCUCUUUGAGGCCAAAAUGUUAAUUUUUAUCCAGGCUUUUAAUCAACAGCUUGAUCUUUUACCCGCAUCAACUUCUAGUCUGAGAGCUGUUUUAUGAGACCCAUUUUAAGCUACUUAUUAUUCAUGUGCUCUUCCUGAAUUUUUAAUGCUGGGCUUUUAAUAAUUGAUUCAUUGUUAACAACUUCUAUGGUGUUUUAUGUUUUUUAUCGUGCUUUACUCUGCAAGCUGCCUCA